GGGCUGCGAGGGUUUUGUAUUAGCGGGUCAUUAUACGGGCGCGCUCCGGAUCUGACACGACCCGAAUUGGAUUGUUCUCAUCUGCCACCUCCACUUCGCUGAGACGCUGCGAACUCCGAUUUCAGCAUUGAGAAGAUAGGCUGACUAUUGUAGAAAAGAUCAUAUUAGGUGUUCUUAACAAUGAGGCAGCAGGGGCAAUAUUCUGAUUCAGGACUAAACUCAUAUUCUGGUUCUCAAAUGCAUCACGUUCCUAGUCAAAGGGUGGAACAAAGCCACCCUGAUCCUUUUGAAGGACGGUUGGAAGCCUUCACUCCCGAAAGAGAGAAUUCAUUUGUAGCUUCAAAAAAUGAGGAUCAAUGGAGAUGGGAAAGAGAUGAGUCGAAGAUGCCAAACUCUAUGGCCUCUCACAUGUUCAAUGAAGGUCAAGGGGGUGAUGCCACAAGAUCAUACUUUCAAGGACAGAGACCUAAUUCAAAAUUGGUUCUUGAGAAAGGAAGCAAUAGCGACCCCAGAUCUCAAUCCCAUGGAAAAAACAUGGAAAAUAGGUUUGGGGAUGGUCUGCUGCCACAGAAUUUUGACGGUCUUGAGCAGAAAUUUAUCGAUGACAUAAUCAAAUUGGCCAAGGAACAAAAUGAUGCAGAGGAUGAGGAAAAUGCUCGACAUAGAGAGAGAAUUAUGGCAAUCAAUGCUCAGUAUGAGGAACAAUUGGCAGCACUUCGAGCUCGGCAUGCUGGUCGUCGGGACGAGUUGCUUCAAAGGGAAUCAAGUGCACGACAACAUCAGUACCAGAAAGGAAUAAUGGAUCAUUACAUGAAUGGGGGCAUUGGCCCCGGUGAUCCUCGUGGCAAUAGUGGAGUUACAAACUUACCUGCGGCUGGACAAGCACAUCAAAAUUAUGAAUCUGAACAUUUCGAUUCCUUCAGAGAACGAGCUCGGUUUCUUGGGAAUUCUGGAUGGGAUCCUAAUUUGGAUGCUAGAGGGGCAUAUCCCGGGGGACGAGUUUAUGACACUGGCUCACGGUACUACUAAACAACGUUGCAUACAUAAGAUAUGCUUGCUGCUUUAUUAUCCUCCGUGUGGAAUAGGCUCCAUAACUAGUGAUAGUGCUGUAAGUUCACUAUAGUUCUGCAUUUUUACAUUUGUCCGAUUAGGCUUCCUUAUCUAACAUAUUAGUUCUGUAUUUUUAUCCUAAAGUUCUGCAUUUUUAUGUUGCAUGUUUUUUCUCUCUAUAAAAGCUCAUGAUCUAUGACAUCUCUGGAUCUCCAUUUUUGUCGACUGGAACAAAUCCAUAUUCAAAUUGUAGCUUCCUCGAGCUUUUAAGUUGGAAAUAGUAGCUUCCCUAGA